AUGGUCACUCCUCGCUCGAUGCAGGGCGGCGCCUCCGAUGUCGAAGAGUACGACCGGUCGAGGGCCUUCCGCACAUUCCGGGACCACUUCGGCAACGUCCAUGCCCGGUGGACGCCCGGAAUGACCGUGACAGGCACCUAUGUCGCCGCGGGCAAGAAGGUCACCAUCACCAUCUACCCCGAUGGCGCUACGGAGGAGCACGAGGAGGACGCCGCUGGCCCGGGUGGCUACAGCACUGCUCUUCGGCUGCACUAG